AUGGACUGGUGUGGACCCCGUGUCCCUCUCUGCUUCUUAAAUCCUUUUGCAAAGGAGAGGAAAGCCCCUCCUCAAGAUAAACCAUUUCCAAAGGACCUGGUGGGGCUUGGUUCUGGCCUGAGUUGUGCUAUCAGCAUUCUGGGAAAGUCUCUGGCUGAUGAACUUGCUCUUGUGGAUGUUCUGGAAGAUAAGCUUAAAGGAGAAAGGAUGGAUCUGCAGCAUGGGAGCUUAUUUCUUCAGACACCUAAAACUGUGGCAGAUAAAGAUUACUCUGUGACUGCCAAUUCUAAGAUCGUGGUGGUAACUGCAGGCGUCCAUCAGCAAGAGGGGGAGAGUCGUCUCAAUCUGGUACAGAGAAAUGUUAAUGUUGUCAAGUUCAUUCUUCCUCAGAUCGUCAAGUACACGCCUGAUUGCAUCAUAAUUGUGGUUUCCAAUCCAGUGGACAUUCUUACAUAUGUUACCUGGAAACUAAGUGGAUUACCCAAACACCAUGUGAUUGGAAGUGGGUGCAACCUGGAUUCUGCUAGAUUUCACUAUCUUAUGGCUAAAAAGCUUGGCAUUCAUCCCAGCAGCUGCCACGGAUGGAUUUUGGGAGAGCAUGGCGACUCAAGUGUGGCUGUGUGGAGUGGAGUAAAUGUGGCAAGUGUUUCUCUCCAGGAAUUGAAUCCAGAAAUGGGAACAGACAAUGAUAGUGAAAAUUGGAAAGAAGUGCAUAAGAUGGUGGUUGAGAGUGCCUAUGAAGUCAUCAGGCUAAAAGGAUAUACUAAUUGGGCAAUUGGAUUAAGUGCAGCUGAUCUUCUUGAAUCCAUGCUGAAAAAUCUAUCCAGGAUUCACCCAGUAUCCACAGUGGUGAAGGGGAUGUACGGUAUUGAGAAUGAAGUCUUCCUGAGCCUUCCGUGUAUCCUCAACACUCGGGGAUUAACUAGCGUCAUCAACCAGAAACUAAAGGGUGAAGAGGUUGCUCAGCUCAAGAAAAAUGCAGAUACGAUAUAUGGAUAUAUACAGAAAAACCUGAAGGAACUACAUCAAAAUGAUGGCAUUGAUUAA